AACCUAUCGAAAGCAUGCCUGAAUGUAUUUACAUCCCUAGCGGCAGAAAAGUGCAGAAAAUAUCUGAAAAUUUUUAAAUGAAAAUAGAAGAUACAGCGAAAAACGCACUCUGUGUAUAAUGGAAACGAGUUUAGACGAGAGCAUGGACAGCGAGCAAGCUAUUUCGCCUAGCAAGGGUCCAUCAGAAACCAGCAUUCAGCAAUCUCCAGUUGCAGUAAUUGGCCUCAAUGGAAACGACAAUGGUGUUGGAGGAGGAGGUGGAGGUGGAAACGGAGGAAGCCAGGAAACAACUAAUAGUGGCACCAAAGAAUGGACAAAACCCUUUAACGCCUUUAGUGGUCGACCUAUUGGGGAGCAUACAGCACAGCAGCAGGCUAUGCAACAACAACAGAAUCAACAACAACAGCAACCCGGUCCGGGAGCUAAUGGUGUUACUCCAGGUUCUGGGGGUGCCCCUGAAAUAUGGGUAGAGACAAAGGCGGACGAUGGACGCUCAUAUUAUUAUCAUGCUGUAACGAGGGAAACAACAUGGACGCGUCCUGAUGGUCCCACCGUCAAAAUUAUGACGCAGACCGAGGUCGAGGAGAUGGCCAAGCGACCGGCACAAGCUGCUGCCAAGUCGGAUGCAAAAACAACUGAACCUCCUGGCGAAAUUCCACACCUCUCGUCACAGCCACCCGCGCACCUUAUGAGCCAACCUCCGCCGAACGCAGCCGCACCGCUGCUUUCUCAGCCACCUCCUAAUGUUCGGCAGCAACCCCCACCCAUGUUCCAGCCCCCAGGUAUGCAGCCACCAGGUAUGCAGCCACCAGGCAUGCAGCCUCCAGGAAUGCAGCCACCACCAGGCUUUGGGCAACCACCCUUCUGCAUGCCGCCGCCAGCUUACGGUUUUCCCGGCGGUGCUGCUCCAGCUGGAGCACCGUGGGGAGUGGGCGUACCACCGUGGCAACAACAGCACAUGCACGGUCCUCCCGGAGGUCAGGAGAAGCCUGCCAAGACACUUAUCAUUAAACCCGGAGUUAUUGAUCCUGCAGUCAUAGCCCGAGCAGCCGAGUGGUCUGAGCACCGUGCUCCCGAUGGCAGGCCCUACUAUUUUCAUGCCGGGCGGUCAGAAAGCGUUUGGGAAAAGCCGCAGGCUUUGAGAGACAUGGAGGCAGCCAGAAUGGCUGCGCACUCUGGCGUGGCCCCCAACGUGCCUGCUGCCCCAAGCGGCUUACCGCCGCAUCUGCUGCCAAACCCAUUAAUGCACAUGCCACCAGGUACAGCUCCGCCAGGAUUCGACCCUCAUGCAGCGUUUGCCGCAGCUGCCGCCGCAAUGAAAGCCAGCACGGAAAACUCAAAGGCGGCACAGGCGGCCGCUCUGGAGAAGGAAGCGAAACGAGCAGCAGAGGAAAAACGGAAAAAGGAGGAAGAGCAGAAGAAGGCAGCGGCCACCGCGAAGCAGACGGACAAAAGUCGACCUGUGACAAGCACCCCCAUCGCUGGCACUCCGUGGUGUGUGGUAUGGACAGGGGAUGCCCGGGUCUUUUUUUACAAUCCCUCCACCAGGACCUCAGUGUGGGACCGCCCCGAGGAGCUAAUGAACCGAGAGGACGUGGACAAGGCGGUAAACGAACGGCCAGAGCAGCUUAAAACCCCGCAAGAAAAAUCAUCCGAGACCGAACAAAAGUCUACCGAUGAGUCGGCCCAAGAAAAAGCUCGGGAAGUGGCUCAGACGCAGCAGCAACAGCAGAUUCAGAAAGUGGAGCCGGAGGAGGACGAUGAUGACGAGGUGAUCAAGAUUCGGACCGAAUCCGAAUCUAGUGUGGAGGAAGUGCCUACGAAACGGGUUCGAAUUAUUUCAAAAUCAAAGCGUUCGGAAGACGCCGCACUGGAGGCUGAGCAGCGAGCGGCCAAAGAACGAGCUCUGGUACCGCUGGAGAUGCGUGUCACCCAGUUCAAGGAGAUGUUGAGGGAGAAGGAUGUUUCGGCGUUUAGCACCUGGGAGAAGGAGUUGCACAAGAUCGUGUUUGACCCCCGGUAUUUGUUGCUGACUUCGAAGGAGCGUAAACAGGUAUUUGAAAAGUAUGUCAAGGAUCGGGCCGAAGAGGAGCGCAAGGAGAAGCGAAAUAAGAUGCGUCAGAAGCGGGAAGACUUCCGCAGUCUGAUGGAGGAGGCUAGGCUGCAUGGAAAGUCUUCUUUCUCCGAGUUCAGUCAGAAGAACGCAAAGGAGGAGCGGUACCGGGCCAUAGAGAAGGUUCGCGAGCGGGAAAGUCUGUUCAACGAGUACAUCGUGGAGGUGCGCCGCCGCGAGAAGGAGGACAAACAGAUGAAAAAAGAGCAGAUCCGCAGGGACUUUCUGGACAUGCUGCGGGAGCGUCAUGACAUCGAACGACAUACCAGGUGGUAUGACAUCAAGAAGAAGCUGGAAUCGGACGCGCGCUAUAGAAUGGUCGACUCUAUGUAUCGGGAGGAGUAUUUCGAGGACUAUCUCCACAUUAUGAAGGAGGAGAAGCGCAAGGAACGUGAACAGCGGGAGCAACGGGAACGGGAGCGACACCGUGAACGGAAGUCGGAUCGCAAGGACAGAGAUAAAGAUAAGGACAAGGACAAGGAGAAGAAUCGUAAGGAUCGAGACCGCAGUCGAUCGAGAGACAAGGAACGGGAGCGCAAAUCUUCAAAGGAAAAGGAGGAAAAACCCAAAUCUGAGAAGAGCCGGAAAAGGGAAAGUCCUGAGGAGGGUGAACAUCGGGAAGAAUCCGACCGGGAGGAGCGGGCCGGUAGCGUGGACAGCGAGGUAGCCCGUCAAAAGGAAAACGAGGCCGAGCAGAAGCAGAAGGAGCGUGAAAAGAAGCUUCGGGCUGAGCAGAGCAUUCGGGAACGAGAGAAGGAAGUGCAGCGCACCCUCGCCGGUCAUCUCAGGGAUCGGGACAAGGAGCGGGAGCACCAUAUGCGCGAGGAGUGCAUUGGUCACUUCACCGCCUUGCUGACGGAUCUGGUGCGAACGCCGGACUUCACCUGGAAGGAAGUGAAACGUCAGCUCCGUAAAGACCAUCGCUGGGAGCUGAUAGAGACUCUUGAUCGGGACGAUCGUGAGAGAAAAUUCAACGAGCAUAUUGACAAUCUCAUGAAGAAGAAGCGCGAGCGCUUCCGGGAGAUGCUCGACGAGGUAAAUACAUUGCAGCUGACCAGCACCUGGAAGGAGAUUAAGAAGCUAAUCAAAGAGGAUCCGCGCUAUCUGAAGUACAACUCGGAUAAGGGCGAGAGGGAGUUCCGGGACUACAUUAAAGAUAAAACAAUGCAUGCAAAGACUGCGUUGCGGGAACUAUUGCAGGAGUGCAAGUUCAUAACCCACAAAAGCAGCGAUCUCAUUAAAGAAAACCCCAACCAUCUAAAGGAGAUCCAGGACAUCCUCAAAAACGACAAGCGGUAUUUGGUGCUGGAUCAUAUGGAGGAAGAGAGAAACACCAUUGUGCUCGGCUUCUUGGAGGAGCUGAGCAAACGUGGCCCACCACCGCCUCCCACAGCCUCAGAGUCGACACGUCGCAACAAGUAGUGUCAUCAUUUUAACUAACAAACUGCUAACACUAUUCAAUAUAAUCUUAAAGUCUAUUUUAUUAUUUAAGGCGCUCUAUGUCCUGUAGCUUCUAUUAUUUUAAUGAAUAAAAUAUACCAUUUAUUGCAAUUUAAAUGAAGAA